UAUAAAUGACUUACUAAUUUAAUGCUAGGGCUAGUUCUCUGUAUUAUCCCAUCAGAGCCAAUUCUGAGUUUGAGUUUACCUGUAAUCAAUCACUAGUCAAUAUUAACCAAAACUAGAUUAAUUUGAAUUUGUAGCAAUUGUUGCUAAUACAUUUUCUUAAGCAAAUUCCAACUUGGACAAUAUUCACAAGUGUUUUUGUGACAAUGGGAUCGGAGCUGCUCAUCAUGAUAAGGGUGAUAAUGUUGUUAGGUUUGAUAAAUUGCGCGGCCAGUGGACUUGACAAGGUGGGCGGCAAAUAUGGCUGGGACCAGAAUGUUAACUAUACUGAUUGGGCUGCUCAUAGCCAUUUUUACGUCGGCGAUUGGCUUUAUUUUGUGUUUGACAAGCACUAUUAUAGCGUGCUAGAGGUGAACCAGACGAACUAUGAGCAGUGCAUUGAUCGUGAUUUUAUAACAAACAUUACAAGGGGUGGACGAGAUGUUUUUCAGCUAACUCAUGCAAGGCCUUAUUACUUUAUCAGCAGUGGAGGUUACUGCUUCCAUGGAAUGAAAUUAGCUAUAAAUGUUGAAGAACCUUUGCCAGCUUCUCCUCCACCUUCUUUUUCAUCAGCCAAAACUAAUGCUUCUCCACCCCAAAUUCGAAAACAUUUUACUGCCCCAGUUCUCUUUGUGAUUAGCACUCUUGUGUGGACGUUAUUGUUUGCUCAAGCUAGGUCGUUAUGACUCCACUGCACGCAAGAGUUCUUUGCAGGCUUGUCUAGGAUUUAAUCUUUAUGAAUUCGAAGUUCUUAGUCUUUGCAAAAUAUGUCUAUUUAUAUUAACUUUUAGGAACUUUCACACACAUCUAAGUUCGGGAAUUUGUUAAUGUUUCAAAGUUUAUCAGGCUAGCAACUUGUUCAUGUGGGAUCAGAUUAUGAAUUAACUGCUUUCAAUAUUUUAUCUAGUUUUAUCUUUGA